CGUUCUCGUCCUCCCGGAGCUGCGCAUUGGCAACUCCCCGCGCCUUCUCCGACAGCCCUUCCGCAACUGCCACCGCCCCUCGCGCAACUGAUGAGGCGGCCGCCCUGAUCGCCCCAGCUUCGCACUGGCUGGCCGCUGGUGACAUUGGCACCUUUUCCCUUCGUUUAGGACGAGAAUGAAUCCGCGCGGUUACUGUCGCGUACUCGCCAAUAAUGCGAGUCGCCGUUCCAGCGCCGUCUUGGCGUCCACAGCCCUAAGACGACAACAACCUUUGGUGUUGCAAGUACAACUUCGCCAUGCGUCGACUGGGAGUGCGCGGCCAAAGACGGCUAUCUUCUUUCCGGGCCAAGGCGUCCAGAAGGUGGGCAUGCUCACGCCCUGGAUCGAGGCAUUCCCGGUCACAGCAACGUCAAUCAUCCAGGAAAUCGACCAUAUCGUCGGGUACAAGCUGUCCGAUGUGAUACAAAAUGGACCCGGGAGGGUGCUCAACUCGACACCGAAUGCCCAGCCUGCCAUCAUGGCGACGUCGAUCCUGAUCCUCCGCAUCCUCGAAAAGGAGUUCGAUUUCAAGACGUCAGAGCGCGCCGACUUUACACUAGGUCACUCGCUCGGGGAGUUUGCGGCUCUCGUGUCAAGCGGAUUCAUCGAGUUCGAGGACAGCCUGUUCCUGGUGCAAAAGCGAGCCGAGGCCAUGGCGGCAGCCACUAAGCGUGCCGAGGCCGAGUACGGCGGCGAGUAUGGCAUGGUGGCCAUAGUGAGCGAGCCCGAGUACCUGCAGUCGCUGGUGAAUGCCAUCCACGAGUUCGUCGGCUAUAGCAGCCCCGGGAGCAAGUCGGAGAGUGCCGAGGACCGCUCGCCCAUCGAUCAAGUGCUCAUUGCCAAUAUCAACAGCAAGAACCAGAUCGUGCUGAGCGGUAAUAUCGAGCGCAUAAAGACGCUGGUCGCGCACGUUCGGCAGUUUCUGGGCCAUGACCCACGCGCGGUGCGUCUAAAAAGCGACAGUCCGUUCCACAGCCCUAUCAUGAAGCCGGCGGUGUCGGUCAUGCAGAAGGUGUUGGCGGGGACCAGCCGGGUGAAGGGGCGAGAAGGCGAGGACAUUAUUACCUGGCCCGGUACGGUGCCCUGUGUUAGCAAUGUCACCGCCAGGCCGUUCCAGAGCAAGGCCGAUGUUAAAGACCUGUUGGCGAGACAGUGUCUCGAGACGGUGAGGUGGUGGGACAGCAUAAAGUACCUCGACCAGGAACAACAAGUCAGGCGGUGGGUUGGCAUUGGCCCGGGCAAGGUCGGACGCAACCUAGUCGGCAAAGAGGUGGGUAUGAGAGGGAAGGACACCGUCAAAGGAGGCGGCGUUUGGGCAAUCACUGAUCCAACCGAGAUUGAAGAAGUCUUCAGGGGGCUGGAAGAGACCGAGUAUCUGGUCGACGAGGAGUAAUGAAGCCAUUGUGGUCUGCAAAGGUUGUGUUCUUGUAUUAGGGAUCAGAUAUCCCACCCUCCUUGUUGGGUUGCUCGCGUACAUGACAAAAACGUUGGCGCCGGCGUGUCAGUGUACCAGCACACCAUGAACCCGUCGUUGGGUAAUGAAUGGCUUAUAGGCGGUUAAUUUAUCAUUUUAGAUACAUCA